AUGGUCUCCCUACGAUGUCUCUCUUCCAGCUUUAGAGAGGCAGAUGAUGGACGCGGCGCGUCGUCAACGCUUCAGCUGACGGCACUCACGUUCAGCACCGACGGGACGCAUGCAGCUUACGUCGUUCGUCGCCGCCCCGCUCUCCCCCGCGACGGCGCCGCGGACCCCGCUCAUUGCAUCUUUAUCGCAAGAACUCAGGAUUUAAAUGCGAGUGUGCCGACCGCAGGAGCGAGCGCAAGCAGCGUUCGCCCCUUUUCUGAUUGGGUUGUCACCCAAGUCAUCCAAGGCGUGCACACCGCCCCCAUCACGGCACUGUCGUGGAGCAGCAGUGCUGGCGGUGCGCUGGUGUCCGGCGAUGCCGAUCGAUGCGUGUACGUUUGGAGCCGACAAGACACGGGUGACAACGAGAGGAACGCAUCGGCAUCGUCCUCGUCUUGCCAUGACGCACGACUUUUCAAUGCGGUGCCGCAGCUCGUGAUGCUGAGCACCGAGGUGCUGCUGCGGCCCACCACAGUGGCCUGGAGUGUACACGGCAGCAAGGUGUACGUCGGCACCGCAGGUGGCACCGUCGCCGUGGGCCGCUACGACGUACACCAAAGGUGGUGGAUAUGCAGAAUACUGCUCAACGCACAGCCUCACCACCUCACGAGUCACUCUCCCGCGCCGCACGAUGUUCAUGCGCACACGGAGGCAAUGAAGAAUACGGAAUAUCCACUGCACAGCGCGCUGUCCUUCCUUUCCUCUUUCACCGCCCCACGCGACCACCUUAUCGUGACGGUUGUACCGCAUCCGGCGGACAACACAAAGGUGGCGAUCGCCCUCCUUAACGGAACCGUGCAGAUUCUGUCAACGCGCAUGAAAGCUGUGGACGGCGGCGUUGCGAGUACGCCAACUUCUAAGACCUCCGAUCCAGCAGGUGAGGGAGAAGGUGAAUGCAGCGCGGGAAGCCGCACCUCUAAGGAGCCGUUCGGGCAUGUGUACUGGAGCUGCUCCCUUCCUUGUUGGCUGCACGACCUCUCCUGGAGUCCCUCCGGUAGGUUUCUGGCCGCCGUGGGUCAUGACAGCGUGUUGCACGUGUUGCAUGGUGUUACCUCAUCGCCAUCAGCUGCAUCUGGCAACCCACCUUCGGGUGACGGUCGUCUGACGCACACCACUCUUCGCCUGCGAACGCUGCCGCUGGUGCGGUGUGCGUUUACGUCAGACAACUCGCUUGUCGCCGCCGGCUUUGAAGGACGCGUGAACGUCUUUGGCGCCGCACAGGAUGGCACGUGGCACCUUGUCGCGGAGGACAAUGAAGGCGAAAAGCCCCCCACGGCGGCACAGCUCGACGGUACAGGGGCUCCGCCGUCCGCCAUGCCGGGUGCGACACCAACCCACAGCAGCCAACACGAAACGAACGUGAGUGUAAAGAGCCGCCAUGCGUCCGACGAUGGCAAUGCCGCCGUUGUCGAGGUGACGCACAACGAGAAAUCGGUGCGCCAACGGGCCGCUGAAUUCAUGGAGAAGAGUGGUGGUCUUCCACCAGCACCAGCACCAGCGGCGGGCGCACCGCCAUUUGUUCGGCGCAAAGCCAGCGGUUUGACUCGGUUGCUUGUCCCCCUGUUUCACGCUGGUACAACAACGGCUGUGGGAUCGACUGGGGAGAAGCAGGUGAGGCCAAACACGAGCGCUUUCGUCUCCGCUAACAGCGAUGGGCGUGUGCAAGUGUGGUGCCUUGAUAGCGCAGUGCCUGAAUGA